AUGUCAUCCGACUCUCAUCACCGCGACACUAUAUUUCCCGGCUCACUGCCCGUCGGCAUUCAUCCCGUCGCCCAACAUGGCGUAGAGCUAGCCCAACCCAGCGUCCUCCCUUUCAAUCUCCCUAUCGUUCCCACACCUAUUCCACAGAAACGCAUAAAGCAAAACGUAGAAGCAUGUAACGCAGUCCUCGUAUUGCGUGAAUCGCCUUGGAAGACGUAUGAGCAGUUUCUCGAAUUGAAUUUUGGUACGAACCAGGAUAUGCCAAUACUAAGGAUAAAAACGGUACUUCCUAAUGACCCAGAUUCAAGUCUAGCAAUCAUGAAAAACUUCUCUAGCUAUGACCAGAUACGUGCCAUCCGGCGGAUCGAGCAUCCACACUUCCUCACAGCACUGCGGAUAUUCCAUACGGAGAGCACAUAUCACGUAGCCUUUGAGUUUAUGCCGUUAUCGCUCCUGGAGCUGGCCGGUAGCCCGGAGAUUGACGAGGAUUGUCUAGCCGCCAUAGUGGGCCAGGUCCUUGAUGGACUUUCUUAUUUGGAAAGGGAAAAAUUGGAACAUGGCCAACUAACGUCAUCCAACAUCCUCAUUAACCUAGACGGCAGCGUAAAGAUUUGGGGUUAUGAGGGAGUCCGAGUUAUUUCGAGUUCACGAACGGAUAUUCGAGCUCUCGGCGUUAUCAUAAUGGAACUGAUGCAAGGGUAUACAAAAGAGGAUGGCGCGGUCGGCGUAGAUGAUCUGGAGCGUUGGCCAUCGGAUUUUGCUGCCGUGGAUUUCCUGUCGGCAACCACAUGGGCGUCGGGGGUGGGCCAAUUAAUUGAGGCAAGAUUAUCGUCAUAUAACUAUACCACCAUGAUUUCAUGCCGGCUAAUAUGGUAUAGCACCCACUCAUAA